CCGUGCGCCCGACGCGACUGACGGCCAGCAGCGGCAUCCGUCUCGCCGUCCGACCGCGACGCCUCCGGAGAAAAGCCGCCAGAAUCUACCACCACUGCCACGUUCUACAAACAAGAGCGGAAAAUCUGCACGGAGAUCUAUCCAUCUGCCACACGAACCCGCGACGCGGCCAGAGAGGGAGUGAUGACACCGCCAUCGCUACCGGGAGAGGGGGAGACGAGCUCGCGCAGCGCUGCGCGUCGUCGCCCCCAACGUUCACCACCGAUCAUUUGCUAUACUGAUUAAUUACGGGCAUUAUACGCCUUAAUGGCGAGGAUUUACCAGCAUCGCCACUGACCCCAGCCGAGCACCUCUCCUCCUUCCUUUUUAUUCGUCUCCCCCUCGAUAUUCCGCUCGUCUCCUCCGCCUCCGGCCCGUCCGUCCUCUCCACCAAACUCCUCCUCCCUCCUCCCUCCGCCCCCCUCCUAGACCCCUCCUCCCUCUUCCUCUGAGAACCGGCGCUCGCGAUCCUGUCGCCAUCCUCCGUGUCGACAGAUUCCGCCCCGGCGUUCGUUCUUGGCCACCCUCGCUCGCCGCCCCGCCCGGAUUCCCGUUCCCGCCGCAAUCUGCUGGGGAGUUGUUCUCUUUUGUUCUUUUCCGUUCUUGUUCUUUUCCUCCAUGAAACCGGCUCCUCAUUCCUCUUCGUCUUCUUCGUGAGAGUGGUUCGGUUGGUUGGUCGGUCGGUCGUUCCACCAGAAAUCGCAUUGCCCUGUUUCCCGAUACUUUUUCCAGUCAAAGAGGAAUUUUUGUUGUGCUUUCUUCGGUUCCACGGCGAGUUCUGGCGGCGGGGCCGGCGUGUCCGUCUAUCGAUCGGUUGCAUUCCCUCCGGUCGCCGGGAGACAGAGCCGCGGGGAGAUUCGAUGGCCUCGGAGCCGGCCGUGGCGUCGGGCGUGUGCGGGAGGAGCGGCCGGGCCGCGCGGCUGCUCGCCCGCGCGCUCCUCGAGUGGAUCCUCAUCGCGCUGCUCCUCGCCAACGGCGUCUUCUCCUACCUCAUCGCCCGCUUCGCCGCCUUCUUCGGCCUGCCGCCGCCCUGCGCGCUCUGCUCCCGCCUCGCCGUCGACAGCCUCUUCGACGCGUCUCGCCCCGGCGCCGAGCCCCUGCGCCGCGUGCUCUGCGACGGGCACGCCGCCGAGGUGUCGCGCCUCGGCUACUGCCGCGCGCACCGCCGCCUCGCCGACGCCGCCGACAUGUGCGAGGACUGCGGCGCGGCGGCGCCGUCCGGGAAGGCGCUGCUGUCGUGGAUGAGGCGGAGCGAGCUCGUCGAGCGGGACCUCGCCUGCGCCUGCUGCGGCGUCGCGCUCGAGAGCGGCUUCUACUCGCCGCCCUUCCUGCUCCCCACGCCGUCGGCCGCGGCUCACGACCCGGGCCGCGGCUGCGACCAGGACGGCCACGGAGACGUGGUCUUCGUGUCCGAGGACGGCCCUGUGAUCGAGCUCUUCGACGAGAAGCCAUUGGUGGAGGAUGAUUCCAUCGGUGUCAUUUCAGCUCACCGCGCUGGCAUUGCCGGCAGCGUUGAGCGACUGGUGCCGCUUGAAUCCAUCGACUCCUUGGCCGUCGGUGUGCCUGAGCUGUCAUCUCACCCCAGUGGUGAAGGGGAGGGAGCAGUUGAUCAUGUGGCCGUGGAGCAGGACUAUGUGGUGCCGGAGAGGAAGGUUAAUGCCACCGAGGAGAAAUUUUUGGUGGCCUCUGAUGCUCAGCACUCUCCUCAGAUGAAUAAUGGAUUGAAAGAGAUGUCAUCAUCAGAGGAUGAGCAAGUUGAACAGGGCACUGUGGAACAUGAAUUGUUUUCCAUGCCAUCUGAUACCAUGGAGCAUGGAUUAGUUGUUGACAAAUCUGAUGGAAAUACUGAAGAGGUGCUGGUUCAACAAGCUGGCAUAAAGGAUGAGUGUGACGCUAUGCCAAUGGAAGGUGGGCCACAUGACGCAGAGGUUUCGAACGAGAACACUGAGGAGAACCAGGUUCAACAAGCUGAGCUGAGUCAGGAAUUGGAUUCGGUAAUGAUACAUCCCAGGGAGCAUGUCGAUGAAGAAUGUGAAGAGGAGAAAAUAUCACUGGCCGAGUUGAAACAAGAAUUGGACUCCGCGGCACUUGAUUCUUGGGAACAAAUUACUGAGAUUUCAAGUGAGAACAUUGAAAACCAUGUUGAACAGCCUCAGCUGAACCAUUUAUCCACUUUUAUGGCAGCAGGCGAAGAUGAUAUUGAGGUUGAUCCAACUGAGGAUCUUCUACCAAGCUUGCACCAACUUUCUGAUGGGCAUUCAAUAAGUUCAGACAAAUCAUCUUCUGACUGCAGUGAUGUUGAAGAUAAGAGAGUUUCUGAUACACCAACUGAUAUUGAAGAUAUCAGUUAUUUACAGGAAUUACCAGACCCUAAAGCAGUGACUGCUGAUACGAGGUCUGUUGAUUCAAGUGUGGCUAAUAUGUUCACUGAUCUGGGAAGCGUUGAACUGGUGAGUGUUGAUCAACUCAAGUCUGCUUUGGGAGCUGCCCACAAGUCAUUGAGUACGCUAUAUGCAGAGCUUGAAAAUGAGAGGAGUGCAGCAGCUAUAGCUGCUGAUGAGACCAUGGCAAUGAUAAAUCGCUUGCAAGAACAGAAAGCUGCAAUGCAGAUGGAGGCGAUGCAGUACCAGCGACUUAUGGAAGAGCAGUCGGAGUAUGAUCAAGAAGCACUGCAGAGGCUGAAUGAUCUAGUUGUAAAGAGAGAUAAGGAGAGGCAAGAUAUGGAGAGGGAGCUCGAACUGUAUCGCCACAAGAUUCAUCUCUAUGAGGCGAAGGAGAGGAGGAAAAUGUCCAGGCACAAGGCCGAUGACCAGAAUGGAUCAUCCUCAGCUUCAUCAAGUGCUGAGGACAGUGAUGACCUUUCCCAAAGUUUCUAUGAGGGCGAUGAGUCUGCCCAUGGUCUGAAUGGAAGCAAUGGCAGUAGUCCCACUGAUGUUGUUUUACAUGAAACUGCUAGUCAUAUUGUUACACUUGAUGGCUCGCUAGCUGACUGUGAGGAAGAGAGGCUCUCCAUAUUGGAUCAGCUGAAAGUGCUAGAGGAGAGGCUUUUCGACCUCGAAGAUGAAGAAUCUGAUAACUUGAAGAUGGACAAGCAUUUCACAGAAGAUAACCAUUCAAACGGUGCCUCAAAUGGUUUCUCUGAUGAGGACGUCACCUUCAAACUUCAUGAUAGUAGAAAAGGCGUAAGCAAUGGAGGAAAGAAGCUCCUCCCUUUGUUUGAUGAUACUACCAUGAGAAAUGGGAGUGGCCUCCUAACAAAGCAAGUUACCGUCGCAGAUCCUUCAGCAGAAGUCAUGCUGGAACUUGCCAAGGAGCAAGAUAAGCUGGCGAUUGCCAGUGAGAUCGAUCAAGUCCAUGAGCGCUUGCAAGCUCUCGAGGCCGACAAGGAGUUCAUAAAGCAGUGCGUGAGGUCCUUGAACAGAGGAGGCAAGGGUUUUGUUCUUCUUCAGGAGAUCUUGCAGCAUCUCCGGGACCUCAGAAGGAUCGAGCAGCGUGCAAGGAACAACUCUGGAGAAAUCUCGCCCCACUAUCUGCAUCCUUACACGGAUUAAUAAAGAUAAGCGCCGAGGCCCGCGAUCGUGUUUGUCAGCGACAACGCGUCAAGAUGGAGAUACCAACAAUCAGAAAAAGAAAGUUUGCACACCACCGACAGCAACAACAGCGAGUGAAGAGGGAAGUUUGCCGACUAGCUAGCUAGCAUAGUCAGGCGAGAAGUUGAGAAGCUGGGCUCUGUCAUCUCAGGAGGAGAAGGAGCUCCCCCUUGGGUAGGUUGGGUUCGGCAUAUCGCCAUCGGAAUUCGGACGGCGGAUCAUGCCGCAACCCUGCCUUGUAAGGUUUCUUUGGAGGGCGAGACGGUUGGUGAGCCGCCCACCCCCCCAUGAGGUGUGUUUCGUGGCAGAAAUCAUGGCUUUGCGAGAGAGCUUCCGGGGUCCAUGAAUUAAUUAACGUGGAACAGGCCAGCGCCAGCUCUAUAGGAUGAAUGAAUGAACACAAAAAAAGAAAAGAGAGGACAUUUUUUUAAAAUUUUGGCUGGCCUCAGUGGGCUUUUCCGCUGUAUAAAUCCCAAUAGUUUUAUGUGAAAUGUGAGGCUGGUUUUGGGUGGUGCUUGGCA